CCCGUUAAUGGCGGAGUAGGGAGCUGAGGGGAGGGGGGAGGGGAAAGGGGGAAGAGAGAGAGAGAGGGGGAGAGGGCUCUCAGCAUCCGAUUCAAUCCUGCGCGCAGGCGGACAGAAUGGUAGCGGGAGCCGGCGGAGCAUAACCUCCAGCGCCCAGCGAGUCGUUCGGUGCGAGUAUUGGCGGCGGGCGGCGGGCGGGGAGCGAGGAAAGCGAUGGUGAAAAGCGCCCUGUGAGGGAAAAGGAGAGAGAGAGGGAGAGGGAGGGAGGGGGAGACGCGCGCGCACACACACACACACACACCACACACGGGGAGGUUCUCUCGCUUGUGGGGGAAGAGGUCUCGGUAAAAAGCCCAGUGGGUGAGGGAGGGGGGCGUCACGUUCGAGCGGCAGCCGAGGCCGGUUGAGACGACCACCACCAUGGAGCUGAGAGUGGGGAACAGGUACCGGCUCGGCAGGAAGAUCGGCAGUGGGUCCUUCGGAGACAUUUACCUGGGAACUGACAUUGCUGCGGGAGAAGAGGUGGCUAUCAAGCUAGAAUGUGUGAAAACCAAACACCCACAGCUGCAUAUCGAGAGCAAGAUCUACAAGAUGAUGCAAGGAGGGGUUGGCAUUCCCACCAUCAAGUGGUGUGGCGCCGAGGGAGAUUACAAUGUGAUGGUUAUGGAGCUACUUGGACCAAGUCUCGAGGAUCUUUUUAACUUCUGUUCACGUAAAUUCAGUCUUAAGACAGUCCUGCUCCUUGCUGAUCAGAUGAUCAGCAGGAUUGAGUACAUUCAUUCAAAGAAUUUCAUCCAUCGCGACGUGAAACCUGACAACUUCCUAAUGGGGCUGGGCAAGAAGGGCAACCUGGUCUACAUUAUUGACUUUGGGCUAGCAAAAAAGUAUCGCGAUGCGCGGACGCACCAACAUAUACCGUACCGUGAAAAUAAGAACCUCACAGGAACCGCAAGAUAUGCAUCCAUCAACACACAUUUGGGCAUAGAACAAAGUCGUCGUGAUGAUCUGGAGUCCCUGGGCUACGUUCUGAUGUACUUCAACUUGGGGUCCUUGCCUUGGCAGGGGCUGAAGGCUGCCACCAAGAGGCAGAAAUAUGAACGCAUCAGUGAGAAGAAAAUGUCUACUCCCAUAGAAGUGCUGUGCAAAGGUUACUCCUCGGAGUUUGCUACAUACCUGAAUUUCUGCCGCUCUCUGCGCUUUGAUGACAAGCCAGACUACUCCUACCUGAGACAACUAUUCCGCAAUCUCUUCCACCGACUAGGCUUCUCCUAUGACUAUGUCUUUGACUGGAACAUGCUCAAGUUUGGGGCCAGCAGAGCAGCGGAAGAUGCUGAACGAAGAGAACGGGAGGAUAGGAUGAGGCACGGACGAAAUCCAGCAGCACGGGGACUACCAUCAACUGCUUCUGGGAGACUGAGAGGAAACCAAGAAAUGGCACCCCAGACACCUCUCACACCCACCUCCCACACCGCUAAUACGUCUCCACGUCCUGUCUCUGGCAUGGAACGGGAGCGGAAAGUCAGCAUGAGGUUGCAUCGCGGUGCCCCUGUUAAUGUUUCCUCUUCGGAUUUAACCGGACGUCAGGACACAUCGCGAAUGUCAGCAUCACAGAUCCCAGCUCGUAUGACUUCCAGCGGCCUCCAUUCCACUGUCCCUCGAUGAAAACAACUCGCCACGGAGGGCAGACAGUGCAUGGCUGACGUUCCAUUCUAACAGCUUUUCGACCCGUGAACCCCACAAAAGAGCAAAUCAACAAAAUGAAGCUCUCGAUGCCUUUUAUUAAAAUGCUGAAGGAAAAAAAAAACAAAAAAAAUAAAAUAAAACCGAACACCUUUGCAACAAGGUCUCUUUCGCCUAACUGCGUUAUAGAAUACAAGAAUAAAAACAAGUACCCACUGCGCUGCUUCAGUAGCAGGAGGGUCUAAAGACGGUUUCCAGCAUUGACCGGAAAUAGGAUAGAUAAUCGCCAUCCCUUCUCCUU